UCACACCCGUGCCACGCCUCCUGACCUCCAGCUUUGAAUAAAAAGCCACCGCCGCCCCAAUCUUCCCUCGAACAGUACCCCCGAUCUUUACUUUGAAUAGCCUCUAGUCUCUCCCUGAGGCCAGCCCACCAGUCGACUCACCUACGGAGCAAACUCUGCAUUAUUUUCACAAGCCCACAGACCUACUGCGCCUACAAAAUGUUGACUACUUCCACUGCCGUACCUCAGACUGAGGUCAAGCCCCGUCGUCUUAGCAACGUCGACGCUGCUAUCAUUAACGCUUCAAACCAAAACAUCGAUCAAGGCCCAACUGUCGUUGUUCCCCCAAAGCACCUCAUGGCUCCCUCAAACGCACACGAAGUCGCCUCGGCCAUGGAGACUGCCAGGCACGAGAUCGAAGACGCCAUUUCCCGCAAAAGCACUCCAGGAACCCCACAAGAGACCAUCGUCACUGACAAAUUCGCCUUCGCCUUCGAUAUCGACGGUGUCCUUAUCCGUGGCGGCGAACCAAUCCCAGAGGCUGUAGAGGCCAUGAAGGCUCUGAACGGUGACAACGAAUAUGGCAUCAAGGUGCCAUAUAUCUUCGUUACCAAUGGUGGCGGCAAGACCGAGCAGGAACGCUGCAUUCAGCUAAGCAAGCAGCUCGAGCUGGAAGUGUCUCCUGGCCAGUUCAUCUGCGGUCACACUCCCAUGCGGGAGAUGGCCGAGCGCUACAACACCGUUCUCGUCGUUGGUGGCGAAGGCGAGAAGUGCCGUGAGGUCGCCGAAGGUUACGGCUUCAAGGACGUCGUCACCCCUGGAGACAUCAUCAAGGACAAUGCCGACACCACGCCCUUCCGGAUGCUCAACAGCAGCGAGAUUGAAAACUCCCGUGCCCGCAACUUUGGCGAGUGCGAAAUCGAAGCCAUCUUCGUCUUCGCCGACAGCCGUGACUGGGCCUGCGAUCAGCAGAUCAUCCUCGAUCUUCUCAUGUCGAAGAACGGCCGUCUAGGGACGCGUUCCGAGACCUUUGACGAGGGUCCCCCAGUCUACUUCUCCCACAAUGACGUCGUCUGGAGUACAUCCCACGACCUCACCCGCAUCGGCAUGGGUGCUCUGAAAGUGUCCCUUGAAGCCAUGUUCAAGGCCGUAACCGGAAAGGAAAUCAAGACUACCGCAUUUGGCAAACCCCAAAUCGGCACCUUCCAGUUCGCAACCCGUCUCCUACAACAAUGGCGCAAAGACACACACGGCAUCAACGCCCCGCCGGAGACUGUGUACUUCGUCGGCGACACCCCCGAGAGCGACAUCCGUGGCACCAACCUUUUCAACGAACAGGCCGAGAACACCUGGUACUCGAUCCUCGUCAAGACGGGCGUGUACCAGCCCGGCACCACCCCCAAAUUCACACCCAAGGCCACCGUCGACAACGUCCUUGAGGCUGUCCGUCACGGCAUGGACCGCGAAUACAAGCGCCAACUCUCCCAACUCGCAAACGGCUCCGCCAUCACCGAGGAAUAGACAAUUCCCCCUUUUCAUCCCUCUCUCUUCCACGUACGUCUACGUCCACUUGAUCUGGACACGCAUCGACCAGGAGUUUUUUUCCCCCGCUUCUCCAUUGAAACA